AUGCGCUACGCGGACCCCUCGGCGAACCGGGAUUUGUUGGGGAACCGAACUUUGCUCUUCAUCUUCAUCUGCGCUUUCGCUUUGGUGACCUUGCUGCAACAGAUCUUGUACGGCAGAAACUACAUCAAGAGAGGCCUCCAGUUUGGCUGGCAGAGUGGCGACCCGCUGGCCAAUUGGACGGGGCUCUUUAAUGUCACGGACGACCCAGCAGCGCAGAGCGGCAGUGACUCCAGCUCCAGGUACUUUGAGUUUUACGAGGGCCCAUUUGAAUAUAACUCCACAAGAUGCCUGGAGCUGAGGCACGAAAUCUUGGAAGUGAAGGUGCUGUCCAUGGUGAAGCAGUCGGAGCUGUUCGACAGAUGGAAGAGCCUGCAGAUGUGCAGAUGGGCGAUGAAUAUCUCGGAAGCCAACCAGUUCAAGUCCACUCUGUCCAGGUGCUGCAAUGCGCCCUCCUUCCUCUUCACCACCCAGAAGAACACUCCCCUGGGAACAAAGCUCAAGUACGAAGUGGACACCAGCGGCAUCUACCACAUCAACCAGGAGAUCUUCCGCAUGUUUCCCAAGGACAUGCCCUACUACCGGUCUCAGUUUAAGAAGUGUGCCGUGGUGGGCAAUGGGGGGAUCCUGAAGAACAGCCGCUGUGGGAGGGAGAUCAAUAGCGCCGACUUCGUCUUCCGGUGCAACCUACCCCCCAUCUCGGAGAAGUACACUAUGGAUGUGGGCGUGAAGACGGACGUGGUCACUGUGAACCCCAGCAUCAUCACAGAGAGGUUCCACAAGCUGGAGAAGUGGCGGCGGCCCUUCUACCGGGUGCUGCAGGUGUACGAGAACGCGUCGGUGCUGCUGCCCGCCUUCUACAACACGCGCAACACGGAUGUGUCCAUCCGCGUCAAGUACGUGCUGGACGACUUCGAGUCGCCGCAGGCCGUGUACUACUUCCACCCGCAGUACCUGGUCAACGUGUCGCGCUACUGGCUCAGCCUGGGGGUGCGCGCCAAGCGCAUCAGCACCGGCCUCAUCCUGGCCACGGCCGCCCUCGAGCUCUGCGAGGAGGUGCACCUGUUUGGCUUCUGGGCUUUCCCCAUGAACCCCUCGGGCCUCUACAUCACCCACCACUACUAUGACAACGUCAAGCCCCGCCCCGGCUUCCACGCCAUGCCCUCCGAGAUCUUCAACUUCCUGCACCUGCACAGCCGAGGCAUCCUGCGCGUGCACACGGGCACCUGCUCCUGCUGCUGA